CACAGGUGACACGAACAAUAAUACGGACAUAAACAACCCUCCGAUUUGCCGCCGUAACGCUCAAGAGAAUUGAAAAGUUUAUUAGUAUCACGCGGAAACCAUGGAGAAUGAGCUCGUUGAAGACGAUGCUAAUCCAAAUAAUCCCAGCAGAGUUCGAAUAUCUAUAACAAGAGCUUCUUUUUCGGAGGACGAUAGUGACAUCGAAUCGCCAGAAGAAUCUACGAGACCGCGUGCUGAUUCAGACAGCAGUAUCAACGAGCAAGAAAUGGAGAGAAUGAUGAAGGAGGAAGAACAAAAUGAAAAUGAACAGUUAAAUAAAGGCGAGAAACUAGAGGAACAUAACGACGCGACCUCCAACAAUAAUGUUGUCAAAGAUUCGAAUACAACGGAGGACGAACAAGUUAGCAAAGCUUUCGAAAAUGGCGUGACCUUACAAGACGAAGCCGAUGAAGCGUCAAGUGAAAGAAGCGAAUCGGUAGGAAAAGUUAAUGAUGAGCCAGAUGAAUCCGCACAAAUAAGUAAUAAAGAAGACUCACCAGUAUCGUCGCCUGCCAAAAGUCCUACAAUGGAAAUGAUCGGUGAUCGGGUUCUCAUAGAACGUGACGGCAAAUUCGAACUUGUAGAUGUGAGCGAGAUCAAAGCGGAAUAUUACGAACUGUUGGGAAUAACACCUGAAGCCAAUGGCGUAAACAACGGAAGCGAAGGAAAAAGUAGCGAAGCGACUGAAAAUGAUGCCGAAGAAAUCCCUGAGGAAAAACCUGCGUCACGGCCCAGACCAAAAACUACUUCGGUUCAAGAACAGCACCGUAGAAACGAAAAGAAAAGAAAUACUAGGAGUGUUGAUAGAACUCGAAGUCAGAGUGCGAAGGCGAUUCGACAGAGAAAUGAUGAUUAUGCUCAUAUUAGAUCGGAAUAUGCAAUGACUGAACAGCAGCUUGAGAUAAGAAGGAAAUGUAGAGAAGCCAAAUUAAGGAGGCAAAAGGAAGAAGAGGAGAGAGAGCGGGAGGAACAGCAGAGAAAAAAAGAAGAUGCUGAAAGAGCUUUCCAAGUACGUGUGUUUGAAAAGUUAUGUUGUAGGUAAAGCCAGGUCAAUACAAGCUUUAAGUCGUCCACUGAAUUUUCGGUCGUUCACAUAUUACGCCCAAGGCUUCUUCGAGUGAAAGCUUUCGUGAAUUUUCUAUAAACAUUGAACAACAAAUUAGCCGUGAUUAUGUAUUUCAUAUCAUAUUACACUUCAAGUCCUUUACUAACAUCUUUAGUUACACACUUGUGAAGGAAUGAUUCUUCAGUUCUUACCUUUUGCCACCAUAAGGUAUUUAGCUUGCGUAUACGGAAAUUCGCACACUUUUUGCAUACUGAUUAGAUCUUUGCCGUAGAACUACAGUAGCAUGAAAAGCUUCUUAGACACUUCUCUGGAAAUAUGAGACAUAGUUAAAUUUUGUGAUUUGGGUCUUAACGAAACCCACGAAGUUACGUUCCUUGACUCUUCAAGGAUACAUUUGAUAUUUAUUUAAUCAAGUUCAGAUUAAGUUUGCCUAAACCACAAUUUCUUGGGUGUAAGCCUAUAUCGAGUUCUCCCAUAUUAGAUAGAGUUAAAAUUUAAAAACCGAGAGGCCGGUUGAGUAAAUUGAUUGUUGAACUCAGAGAGAGUACUCCUAACUCUAGGUAGUUGUCAUCGCGGGUGAACGAAACGCUGAAUGGUCACAUAUUCAAACACCUGACAUAUCUUUUUGCACUCUCUGUUCAAUAUAAUUUUUUUCAGGGUUGGUUAUUUGUGUAAUCCUGAGAUACUUUUUUCAGUUGGAGGAUUUCAGCGCGUAUUUUGUGUGUGAGAUUUGGGGCUGUGUUUGACUCAAAAUCAAAAUUGAGAAAAUGGUACAUUCUACCUGUAUAUACAAUAGUUGCUUUUAUUGAUGCUUUCGUUUGGACUAUUUAGUAGUAUUUAUAUUGUAGUUCUCAACACUGGCAGUGAAUAUGACUGCCCAGCUACUAAAAAAGCUUACUUCAGUCAGGGUAAUGAAUUUUCAAUAUCAAAUACAUAUUGUUUACAGCGUAAAUUUGUUCUAUGUGCUCAAAGUUGUAAAGUUUCUUUGGAGAGACUUCUUCACCUUGUCGAACAAUUUAUUUUCCCUGGCAGGUUUGGUUAUAUAAUAAAAUAGAAGCUGCAAAGCAGGCAAGAUUAAAUCAACCAGACCCAGAGGAUGCACUAAGAGCCAGAGAGGAAAAGGAGAGUAAUGCCCAGUCAGCAUACAGUGAGUGGCUAAGUAUGAAGCGGGAACAAGACAAGACACUGAGACAACUGGAGGAAAGACAAAGAGAGGAGGAAGCCUCCCAGUACACAAUAAGAGAUCGGCAGCUUUGCGAUGAGGCAUUUAGAAGGUGGGUAAAAAUUACUUAGUUUUUAUUAAGAUAGUCCACUCUUUCUCUCCUACUGAUGUGCAAAUAUUUGUUUCAUUUGACUUGAGCAGAAGAGCAAUAAAGGGUGUGUAUAUGAUGUGUUACAAUUAAGGCCAAAAUUUGUGUGAGACGUGAAAUUAACUUAUAGACGAGUGAGCAUGGUUUAUGAAUUUAGGAGUGUAUGCUUAAUGUGAUUUACUUCUAGAAAUAUGUGUGACCCAAAAGGGUUUUUUCCACUUUAUUCUUAAAGACCUCAGAAUUUCCAAAAAUGGUUAAAAAUUUUUACAAUUUUAGGCCUAGGAAAUAUAAGUGGGUAUUUAUAAUGAUAAACUCAUACCAGUUGUAAUAAUGGUGAAGUUCUUGACACCAGACCCCCAAAAUAUCCCUUCUGGGUGAUAAAGCUUAUGCACUAAAUUACUAGAACUCUUUAAGAGAAGAUCUUUGAGGUCCUUAACCCUUUAACUCCCAAGAUCUUAUUGUUAAUUCUCCCCUCUAGCUAUUACACAUUUCCUUAUAAAUUAGUUGCAAGAACUUGGUGUUAGAUCAAGAUAGCAGCUUCUACCUGAUAAGUUUGAUUAUUCUCAUCACCUGUUUGCUGAAUAAUGUAUUGAUAUUGUAGGGAGAAUUUUCAUGUUUAUCACUUCUGGGAGUUAAAGGGUUAAAGAUUUGCUAAUUGUCCAAGUUGGAAAGGGCAAGUCAAAUGCUAGGUGGCAGAUACAGUGACAGUCAAGAUUUUUGUUCCCUUUCUGUUCACAAGCUAUUAUUCAAUUGCAAAAAAUAAUCAACAUGGCAAUUCUUAUGUGGCUUGGACUGUUUCCUAUAUCAGAAUCCUUUGAUAUUCUUGGCAGGAAAUUGGCAGCCUGCUGACCAAAAUUGAUCUGCUUGAGAAUGUUUGAUUUUUGGCAGUUACUCUCAAUUUGACUGCUACUCUGUGUCCUUCUCUAUUCAUGUUUCCACCCAAGCACUCAACUAAGUAGCCACUAUAAUAUGAAAUUAUAGAGAUGUAGUGAGUGGUGUACAUCCUGCUUCAGCUCCUUUCGCUACAAAGGGGAAGUAUCACCUUUAAGAAAAAAAUUGUGGCCACGCAUCUUUUUUUUUUUUCUAAUCUGUGAUGAACAAUAAGGUGAAAACUGUUGUUUCCCUUUUUCAAAUUUGCAAUCUAUGAAAUUUUGUUCAAAAGAAGUACCCAUGGUAUUCUCCUCCCCCAUUCCCUUAGAGGUCUGUCUGCUCAGGAGUCAACUUACUAAGCUGUUGGUGUAAUCCAGAAAAUUCACAAAACCAAUUGGAGGGCUCAGAGCAAGAACGAUCCCUUGAUUUUUCGGCCAUUUUUGAAAGUGUUCACAUGAAUUUUGGCAUGUGGACACUUUCAAAAAUGGCCGAAAAAUCAAGGGAUCGUUCUUGCUCUGAGCCCUCCAAUUGAUCUGAAAAUAAAACCCUGACUGCCUUGUAAGGUCACUUAUGAAACUGUUUAGAAAAGGAAGAAUCUUAUACAAACCCCAAAAUUCAGGCAGGAUUGUAACAUUUCACCAGUUUGCCCUGACAUUCCAACAGUAUGCAAUAUUUAAAAUUUUCUUACAACAGGUGGCUCAGAAGAAAGAAAAAAGAUGAAGAAUUAAAGAAAGCUGCUGCUGCAAAAAAGAAGAGGAAGAAACCUAAGUUGAAAAGAAAGGAACAAGUCCCACUGAACUCACAUAAGAUCAGGUAAAAGGUAAAUUGGGACAGUAAACAAUGUUAGCAUAUUGUAUGUAAUGAAAAUAUAAAUAGCUAUGGUAAUAGUACUGUAAAUAGUUUCAAUGUUUAUAAUAGGGGGAAACAGCGGACAUGAAGUGUUCAUUGAGUUCAAUUGCUAGCAUUGUAAGCAGAUUAACCCUUUAACUCCCAAGAUCUGAUAGUUAAUUCUCCCCUCUAGGUGUUACACAUUUCCUUGUAAAUAGGUUACAAGAAUUUGGUGUUAGAUCAAGAUAACAACUUCUACCUGAUACAUUUGAGUAUUCUCAUUACCUGUUUGCUGGAUAGUGUAUGAAGAUUGUAGGGGGAAGUUAAUUGUUAAUCACUUCAGGGAGUUGAAGAUUUAAGUAUGGUAGGAAUAACCUUGGCAUCUUUCUGAAUGACCAUUCAAUUUGCGUCAGUGUUAUACUCCCAGGGAAAGUGAAUAUUCUGUGAGGGAGUAGUUUUCUUAAUAUGGCCUCUUUAGUUUAAGUCAAAAGUUUGGCUGUUCAUGUACCGAUUUUUCAGUUUGAGUUUUCUCUUGCAGUUCUUGCAAAUUUUUUUUUUUCAACAUGAUAUAAACUCAUUUUAUCUCUCCUUCAACUUAUCUAUUUUACUCAUAUGGACAUAUUGUUUUAUGGGAUGGCUUCAUCCUUGGUGGUUUAUGACAAGGAAGCCAUAAAUAUGUGCCAAAAAAGAGGAAUUUUCUAAGUGGAGCAUAUAUUGCUAGUAAGAGGAAUGAUACAUAAUGCUCUCUAGGGAAAUUAAAUUCAACCACUUGCUGGAACAACCCUACUUGCUUUACAAGCUAGAUGAGCCUUGAAUUAAAAAAAGAUACAAAACAUAGUUUUGUCAUACUGCUUUGUGACAUUUAAUGAUUAUUCACAGAAGGCUAGCCAAAUAAUUGUCUUAGUAUAAUUACUCAGGUGCUUUUGAAUUCUGUUGUAAAUUCAUGUUGUUGUUGAAACCAUUCUGUUACAAUUGUUUUGAUUACCAGUACACAUGCUGAGAUAAGCAAUUAUUUUCCCCUGGAAUUUAGCAGGUUUAUUUAAUUUAAUCUGCAAAAAAUUUAUAUCAUUCUUUUCCAUAGUGUUAUGCCAAACUUAGAAUUGAGUUUUCUUCUGGCACAUUGAUCACUUGAUGGUAACAUUGACAAAACAUGUAGUGGCAGCCAAUUUUUAAAAUUCAGUGACCCUGCUAUUGAGCACCUCAUGCCAGGUGAUUAUAGCAAGGUAUGAUGCACUCAUUAACCAAUCAGAGUGCACACAUCUUUCUUAUUACCAGAGCAAUUAUAUUGAGCAUACAUAGUAAUCAAAAAUUGCCAAAUUUAUAUUCUCUAGGGGUGGUGUUGUAAAGGCUUUUUUUUUAUCUGUCCAGCUGCUUAAUUAUGCAGUGAAUUAAUUUUAUUCUAAUAUUAGUUUCUUUUCUUUUAUGGCAGGUAUUAUGAAUAUUAUGGUUACAGGAACACUGUGUCACCAUAACAAAGUGUAAAAUGGAAAUCUUCCCCAAAAAAGGUUAUCCUGUGUUAAGUCUUCCUGCCAGAAGAAAAUCAAUCUUCAUGAUUGAGAGGAGACAACUCUUGGCUUCGCAAAGUAAUGUUAGUAAAGGAGUGAACUGUCACAGUGCUGGUGGUCAGAUAUCAGUUUAAACUCAGUGGAGAAAACCAUCAAAAUUACUCUGACAUCAUUAAAUAAGAAAUUCAAAACUAAAGAUAAAGAAAAACACUGAUAGAUAGGGAGAAAUAAACAAACAAAAACUGUCGAAACUGUCGAAUAGGUUUUUUAAAGGGCUUUUUAGUUUAUUUGUUCUGUGGUGUAGAAUAUGUAUCUUGUAUACAGCUGCGAUAAGUAAUAGAUGAGUAUCAUAAGAAAAUGUAUGUUGCUGCUCAUUCUAUAAUGACUCUGGGUAAUUUUGCAUAAUGUUUCUUUUGCAUGGAAAUUAUUGCAGUGGAAGCAGUACUGAUGUAGUAUAAUGUAUUACAUGGCUGUCAUGAUAAGCUUGGACAGUUUAACUCAGUUUAUGACUAACAACUUGGAGUUUUGGUUCAGUGUAGUGUUCCCUCCAACUGCAGGAGACUUUUUAUUGUAGUUGUUGUUUUUUAUUAUUAUAAUAGUCUUUUGUUCUGUUUUGGUUUUUUUCUUUUUGUUUGCCUUUUUAGACCAUAGGAAAUUACUCUCACCAAGUCCAAAGCAAACAUUUAGAUAUUUCUACCAUCUAACUAAUUUUAAAAAAAAAAUUUAAUGAAAUAAUUUGCAAUUAAGGAAGGCAAAUUUUAUUAAUGUAUGUACC